AUGGUUGGGUUUGUGCCUAACAUUCUGGGUGCUACGAUCACCACCUUUGCCGUCGCCCUUCUGGCACUGACUCUUCGAAUGGUUGCCCUGUAUCUGACCAGGCGACCCCCAUUUUAUGAUGACUAUCUUUGCAUCUUUGCAUUUGUUAGUUUUCGCAUCUGGUUAUUGCACCACAAUAUUGAUAUGUACUGUCACCGCUUCCUCUUUACUUCAGCUAUGAUCCGGACAUUUCAGUACUAUUUAGGGCAAUUUCCUCCCAAUGUCGACCAAGACAAACUAGACUGCAUUCUGGAAAAGUCCCGCCAACUACUCUGGAUCAUCGAGCUGACCUACGCAGCAUCCAUCGCCUCUUCCAAGUUUUCUGUCCUCUGCUUCUUCUGGAACAUAUUCAACCGUAGUUCCAUCCGCUGGCCAAUCAUCAUUCUCUUCUUGACCUCAUUCCUCUGGGUGAUUGUGCGCACCUUCAUCGUUAUAUUUCAAUGCACUCCUGUGCCGUACAUCUGGGAUAAAUCCAUCCAAGGUGGGAGGUGCCCGAUAGAUAUCAGCAAGUUUUUCUUUGGCACUGUGCUGCUUCACUGUGUCAUGGACACGGUCAUCGUGAUGCUACCUAUCUUCCCGGUCCUGAAGAUGCAGCUCAGUCAAAAGCGCAAGGCUGCCAUUCUUGCUUUGUUCGCAUCCGGGGCCAUCGUUGUGAUUGCCUCGGUGUUUGUACUCAUCGAGUCGAUCAAGUAUGAUCCUCUUGAAGCUGAGAUAACCUAUCAUGUCGCUCCAAACAUGUUAUGGGCUGCUGUGGAGGUGAAUAUGGCCGUCUUUUCAAGUAAGAUGUUCUUCAAAACUAUGACACUAUCAGCUUCGAGAGAUAUAUUGCGUGGAGAUCCCAUCUGGGCCUUCAACUCGCCCCAGCAUGUCCCUCAGGAUGUCUCAAAUAAGCGCCUCAAGGGCCCCGCCGCAAUUAGCUCGCUUCAAAGCGAGCUUCAGGCGUUCUAA